UUAUUACUGAACUCACUGUCGAAAACGAAUAUCUGCAAAAACAACAGGAAUUAACCCUGCUACAGGAACCAUACAAUGCUGCACAACGUUACAGAGACAGUUCUUUGCACACGAUUUGUAACAAUUUUAAACAGAUAAGAAAUACGAUAAAAAUAGAUGGCAAAUCACAUACUAUACACACACACACCCAAACACCAGCAUGUCCAUUGAAAAUUGGCAGUUUUGAUGCACUGUGGCAGGCUCAGCUCUCGCCCAAACACGGCAUUGCGCAAGGCAAGGCAUGCAGCAACGUGACAAGGAAUUAACAAGAGUUUUGCUACAAAAUAUGAACCACAGUAAUAGUGUAAAGGAUGAAACGAAAAAUAUGUAAAACUUACAUGACCCUCUUCUUCGCUGUCGCAAACAUUUACACACAUUUACACUGGUAAUAAUUAUGGUUAAACAAAACUGUGAAAUAGAAAUUAAAAGAAGGAGGGAAAAGGAUCCGAUAGAUCGUAGCUGUAGUAGGAGUGUGAGAAAACGGAGGAAUUUCGCAAUGCAAUCGGCCAUUUACGCUACCAAAGCAAAGGUGGGAGUAAGGUGUGGGAGGGAGGGGAAGGGGGAGUGGAGAUGCGAACUGAAGGAACUGGAACAAAAUAUAUGUAUAUGUAUCUCAAACCAGAGCAUAUAAGAAAUGGAACUGUUGUUGUUUUUUUGUUGUGUUUAUCCAAUUCUUGGCGUCCCUGACGUUAGGACCUAAAACGGGUUUCCAUGGCGACACACUCGACUUUGUUGUGUCUUCCCACUGCCUAGCAACGUGUGCGAGGGCAAACAUUUUACGUGAAGCUUCUCUUGCGUGUAGUGUCACCUAGCUGUUUUUCCAUCCAGUUGUGCCACUGCACGGAAGUAUGUACGCCUAGAUGGCGGAACUGCACAUCAUCGGUGAACUGCAGACGGCGUUGGACUUUGAGGAACCGAACCUGUUCUGCCGUUGGAGUAUCCAGUACGGAUCGCACUGGAAGGCGGUCGAGGGCCACACCGAGGGGCAGUCCUGCUGCAGUACGGCACGGAUCGAGCAGCGGUCCGAGUUCGGCACACCGAUCGAUCUGCAUCUGGUGACGCGCGGUCUCCAGGGUUGGCCCCGGCUGCACGUCGAGGUGUACGCGGUGAACGCACUGCAGCAGUACUGGCCGGUCGGGUACGGGUUCGCCUUUGUGCCGGCGAGUCCCGGGCAGCAUCGGGUGCGAAUCGCCACGUGGAAGGUGUCGUCGGCCCGGGUAGCCGACACGGUGCGGGAAAAGUUUCACACCGGUGGGUUCUCGCUCGCGAAGAGCGACAUCGCGUUUAGCGGGAUCGAGCGGUACAAGCUGCUGACGAAGACGGCCGGCACGGUGGAGCUGGGGUUGAUGCUGAUAUUUAAAAACUUUGCCGAAUAUGGCGUUGAGCUGCGUUGA